UACUACUGAAUAAUCCACUGGGGACCUUCCUUCCACAAUAUCACCAACAGUUGCAAUAAAAAUCUUUUGUUUGAGGGAAAAUACCUCUCUUUAUACCAAGAAAAGAGCGUAUUGGAUGCGGAGGAAAAGAGAUGUUCCUCGGCGCCAUUUUCCUCUGCCUUCAUCGCAUCUCUUUGUAUCGACCGGAUAAUCAUGAAUAGAUGAACAGAAUCCUCAGCAGCCAAAAUGGAUUUUGAAGAACAGAGAAGGAUGUUCGCCAUGAAUAUGGGCGGACAUCCCAUGGCAAACCAUCAUGCAACUCAGCAGGCGGUGGCACAGCAGGCAGCAGCUCAGCAGGUGGCACAACAGGUGGCUCAGCAGGGUCCCCACACCAGGAUCCUUAUGCCUGAGCCCUCGCUGCCGAUGGUUGCAGGGUCGCGUCAAGGUCCAAUGGAUGCUACCAUGGCCACCAUAACAACGCAAAUGGCAAAUGCACAGCAGAUUACUAUGCAUCAUACUGUGCAUCAGCAACAACUGGCACAUCACCAGCAACAGGCUGCACAAGUUGCACAGCAACAGCAGCAGCAACAACAACAGCAGCAACAGCAGCAGCAACAGCAGCAGCAACAGCAGCAGCAGCAGCAACAACACAUGGAAGUGGCAGUGAGCAUGGACACAGGUGGUGAGGCAGGCCCUUCAAUGGUACGGGUGAUGGAGGAGGGGCCUGUAGAAGUGAAAGCCCCAGAUGCCCAUGACCCCAACAUGGUGGAGGGGCCGAGCGAGGGUGUGGACAAUGUUGGGGCAGGGCAGAGUGGGAUGGAAACGUCUCGGUGGUGCCUUGUGUGUGACAAGGGCCUCCCAACCCAAGAAUCAUCACAGGAAUUAGUAGAUCUUUAUAAGGCAACCAUGACAGUGAGUCAGAGAAAACUGUCGGCAAUGUUAGGCCGCUUAGUAGGAUUGACGUUGUAUAAGGCCCAUAGUGACGUGUUAUGCCGAAGGUGUUUCAACCUAGUGGACCAGGUAGAUGGGCUGGAAAUUGAGCUGGCAGACACGAAAAUGGAACUAGUUCAACAAUACGAAGCUACUAUAGCACACAGGCAACCUCAUGCGAAGAGAGAGAUUGAGAGACCAACACUUGAAGUGGAUGUUGAAUGGGAUGAGUCAAAUGAGUCAGAUGUGAUAGACAAUGAUGAUGAUGACCCCGACUGCACAGCCUCUGGAGCAAAGAAAAAAAAGAAGACGAGAAAGACAAAGCGUAAAGGAGGACGUCCUCGGAAAGUAAAGCUCACAGCAAAGAUUAAGCAUAUCGAAAACAACCUCAGUGGAAUAGAAGAUAAUGAUGCAGAGGGUAGGCCAAGGAAACGAGGACGUGGACGGCCCAGGAAGAAGGAUAAGGAAGAAGACGAUUUCAUACCUCCAGGAGCUCCAACCAAGGACUGUCCUACAUGCAAAAAGGUUGUCCACGCAAAGAAGUACCUGAUUCACUUAUCAACACAUCGGCUCUUCCCGUGCCCAUUCUGUGAAUCCGUCUACAAGAGGAAGGACAUCAAGACGCACUUGGCUGAGGCUCAUCAGGAGGAGAUCCACUACCCUUGCACAGAGUGCGACGAGGUCUUUGACACGUUCAUGCAGCUGCGGCAGCACUGCCUGGUGGUACACAUGGGCGUGGAGAGAGAGCAGUUUGUGUGCAAGCUUUGUAGCAAGAAGUUCUCCAGCCCCACAGGUCUCAAGGUGCACAUAGAGACCAUCCAUGAGAAGGUCCAGGUUUAUGAGUGCCCGGAGUGUAAGGAGACCUUCAACCAGAAGGGCAACAUGCAGAACCACUUCCGCCGAGUGCACCAGGGGGAUGAGGCGCGUAAACUCUUGUGUGAUAUAUGUAAUAAGGGCUUUAUCUGCCCAAGCGACCUCAGGAAGCAUGUAGAGCGUGUGCAUCUCAAGGUACGCAAGAAUGAGGUAAUGUGCGAGGUAUGUGGGAAGCCCUUCUCUGAUUCUCGGGCCAUGAGAAUCCACAUCAAUGCAGUCCACACCAAGGAGGUUCAGCACCCAUGCCCUGAGUGUAAAAUGGUCUUCCACAGCCUCACUAACAUGGUUACGCACAGACGGCGCAUGCAUGGGGGGCCAGAGGGCAGGAAAAAUGUGUGUGAGGUGUGUGGCAAAGGCUUUUGUAGUCCAAGUGAUCUGAAAACACAUAUCAGAGUUGUGCAUGAGAAUGUUAGAAAGUAUGUAUGUGAUAUCUGUGGCCAGGCAUUCAAAGUGUGCUCACACUUGAAGUACCACCGAAGGAAACACACUGGUGAGACCCCGUAUGAGUGCCCUCAUUGUGGAAAGUGCUUCCAUGGACCAAGUCACAUUUCUGACCACGUUAAGAAGGUCCAUAAAACGGUCUACAUUGGAGCCAAUCAGCGUCGCAAGCUAAACCUCCCAGAGAGUGCUCCUCCCCCACCCCCUGGCAUGCUGCCCCCUCGUGAAACCAAGCCCAAGCCCAAACCCAUGACACCACCCAUGAACAUGGUCCACCCUACAUAUUCACAACCCAUGGCAUGCACAAUUCCUGCCACUGGAGUGACCACCUUCACUCCUACGCACCACACCACCAACAUGCUGCCACCAGCGCAGGCCAAUCCGCCCAUGAUCCAUCAUCAGGGUCUCAUGGAACAUCACAAUCCCUAUGCCAAUUUCCAGUUCCAAACAGUCGAGCAGAAUCCUGCCCAACAGUCACCGGUGCCCAUGGUCGUGCGGCUCCUGCAUGACUUGCAGUAUCAUUAUCAAGUACACUUACAAAAUAGACGUCUGAUGUCAUGUUCCUCAGCAGAUCGUGAUUCAGAAGUCUUAUUAGAAAAUGAAUCAGUGCUAGAAAGUGUUGGCAUUAUUUCUGCUGAUGCUCAUUCACUCAUGCUUACACUCAUACAUACAUUCACAAUCACUUACAUCCACACUCAGAUCCACAUUUACAUCCACAUCCAUACUCAAAUCACUAUCCAUACUCACAUCACUAUUCAUGACAUCACGACACAUCUGGCCGAGGCGCACCAGGACGAGGUCCACUUCCCAUGCCCUGACUGCGAGCAGGUCUUUAACACGUUCACGGACCUGCGCCACCACUGCUUUGUGGGGCACAUGGGCAUCGCGCAGGAGGCCCACGUGUGCACGCUGUGCUCCAAGACCUUCUCCAGCUCCUCGGCGCUCAAGGUGCACGUGGAGACCAUCCACGACCGUAAGCACAGCUAUAAGUGCGAGGAGUGCCACGAGACCUUCAACAAGAAGACCAACAUGCAGAACCACCUACGUAGGGUACACCAGGCCGCGGAGUCAAAGCGCCUGCAGUGCGACCUCUGCGACAAGAAGUUCCUGUGUCCCAGUGAGCUGCGGAAGCACGUGGAGCGCGUCCACCUGAAGGUGCGCACCAGCGAGGUCCUGUGUCCCAUCUGCAGGAAGCCCUUCGGCGACUCCCGGGACAUGAAGGUCCACCUGAGCGCCGUGCACAACAAGGACACGCAAUACCCGUGCCCGGCCUGCUCCAUGGUGUUCUACCGCCUUAACGACAUGGUCAACCACAAGCGGCGCAUGCACGGCGGCAAGGAGGUCCGCACGCACGUGUGUCCGACCUGCUCCAAGGGCUUCUGCAGCAACAGCGACCUAAGGACGCACAUCAACGUCGUGCACCAGGAUGUGCGCAAACACGUAUGCGACGUAUGCGACAAGGCCUUCAAGGUAGCGUCGCACCUGACGUACCACAAGCGCAAGCACACAGGCGAGACGCCCUUCCAGUGUCCGUACUGCAGCAAGGGCUUUCGCGGGCCCGGCAACAUCUCGGAGCACGUCAAGAAGGUGCACAAGGCGGUCUACAUCGGCGUGGCGCAGCGGAGGAAACUCAACCUGCCAGAGUCGGCUCCGCUGCCGCCGCCGGGCAGCCGCCCCUGCGAACCUCUCAAGGCUAAGGGCGCGAAGGACGCCAAGGCGCGCGUGAGGUCCGCCAAGAAGGCCGUGGAGCCACGCAGCAAGAACAACGUACUUUUGGCCGCUUUAGUGGAGGGCGAGGCGGCCAAGGUGACGCAGGAGCCGCCCUUGGACGCCCUUCAGGACGGCGUCUCGGCCGCAGCGCAGAACGCCAUCCAUUUCACGGCCUCGGAACAAGCCGCCCACACUGUUGCCUCCACUCAAGCCUCCAUCCACUCCCUCGCGCCCGUGAACGCAUCCACUUCCGCCGUGUACUCCUUCAUACCAUACAUCGCCACGACAGGGCACGCCGACGUCAUCCAGGUGCCCAGCACCCAGGUUCUCACGCCCACCGACGGCUCAACCUUCCAUGCCACGCCCGCUAUCGUCGCCAGCCAAGGGGUGAUCGACCACGUUAACGCCUACAUCAAUUUCUGAAGCGUUGAGCCGAUGCCCAGGCAGUGUUGCGAUGUUGGCAUUGUGAUCCCUUUGGCGGUCCCAACUGCGCAUCAUCCUCGGCCGGGCGGAUGGAUGUCAAUCGGCAAAGCUCCUUCAUUCAACAAAAUUUAUAUUUCACUCAUUUUCCAGUGUCGUAAAUUGUCCCAAGCCUUUAUUUAUAUUAAUUUAUGUCUUCUUAAUCUUAGGCACAUGACAAAAAUCUCCUUCGGUAAGUUCAUGACAGAUCCAGUGUUACAGGCCUAUAUUUCCACCCCCGCCCCCAGCCCAGAGAAUAAAUUAGACACGCCCUUGUUUAUCAUCAUCACGUGCAUCAUCUCAUAAUGUCAUCAAUGCCUUCGUUCAUUGCCAGUAUUAACCAUCAAUGUAAUAAGUAGCAUCAUCCACCAUCGUCAUUAUUUCCAGAAGGCAUAUCAUAAAUUGCCACCGAGUACAAAUUCGACAGGUCCAGUUUUGUUUUUGUUUGUUUACACGUGAUAAACAGUCUUCCGGUUGUACAUAUUUAAUAUGUCGAGUAAAAAAAAGGUAUGUGGUGACCACAAAAGGUAAAUGUGUUUUCCGGUUUUUAUGAAUAUUCUUUUUUUUUUUAACUAAAGAAGCACAAAUAAAGAAUAGUUGUAAGGAAUUCCGAGAAGUACAAUUUUGUGUGCGUAUACCAUAAGAUAUUAUACAAUGUUUUGUUUAUUGUAGCAUAAUAUGAAUCGUAAAAUGAUAAUAAGUCUGAUUACUUAUUUCUACUCUAUAUUGUUUUUACCAUAUAUGUAACAUUUAUUGUUGACAAGCUAAAAUAAUGGUUUGUAAACUUUUUCGAAAACAUAUCUCCGAACGGACGUUAGCAUGAAGCCCGUCACAUAUCAAAAGGAACACAUCAAAGAGCACUUUAUUACUAUUUUGUAAGUCCGUGUCUUAAGAGAAUCUCGAGAAUGGCAAACUAUGUUUAGAGCUCAUUGGUAGAAAUAGACUAUGCGAAUGCUGAAGUCAAAUUCAAGACACAUUUUAUAUUUUUGUAAUAAAACUUACAACAGAAA